AUGACAUGUAUUAGCACAAUUUACAACUGCAUAGUUAAUAUCAAAUUAACUAUGGGUAUAUAAACAAAUAUUAGUAAUUUUUUGAUGGAUAGAAAAGGGAAAAAUUGUCAAAACAACCCAAAGCUCGUUAUAAGAAGGUUACCCCCGUUUUUUACCUUAAAGGACUUCAAGGAACACUUUAAUCCCUUACCGGCUUACACUUACUUUUAUUUUGUGCCAAGUGAAGGUAAUGAAGAUGAAAUAGCGUUAUAUUCCAGAGCAUACAUUCAAUUGACUGAUUUAGAAAAUAUAUUCAAAUUUCGAGAUAAAUACGACAACAGUGUUAUUGUAGGACCUAAAGGUGAAGAAUACAGGAUUGUAGUAGAAUAUGCCCCCUUUCAGCAAUUUCCCCCGAAACGAUCCAGGAAAAUAUUCGAUAAGGAAUGUGGCACGAUAGAAGAUAAUGAUUACUACAUUUUGUUUUUGCAAAACUUGCAGCGGUUGAAGAGAGAAUCCAAAUUGAAACCGCCCAUUAAAUUUAAUAUCUGUGAUAGCACGUCCUCGAACAAAGAUGAACUCACGCCGCUUUUGAAGUACAUUUCGAAGCAUAAAAUGCGCCCGGAGAGCAACAUCGAAUUAAAACAGAAACAAAAGAACAAUUGCAUAAUAUUUGUAAACAGUUCAGUUAAAAAAUCUGGCGGUAGCAAACGUUUCAAUAAGGCCAAUCCGAAAAAGAAAAUUAAAUUUCAACCUAAAAUCUCACUGGUGUAAAAAAUGUUUUUUUUAGAUUAUAAGUUUUUUAAACCGAGAUACAUUUUUUAUAAGUAUUGUAUUAUUCAAGACACGUCUUUAUAACUAUUUUGUAUUAUUACCUAUACACUUAACAAUAUUGUAAACGGAUUAUUUUAAAUAAACGGUUUUGUCUU